AUGGAUCCCCUCGAAGAGUCGCCAUGGGGCGAUUCGCAACCCACCUCCGAGCCCUCGACCCAACAGCAGCCCUCCCAAAGCGAAGAGUCGACGUCGUCGCAGCCCGCGGCCAAGUCAGACGCACCCAGCACGGCAUCCGCACCUCGCCCUUCACGCUCCGGACCUGUUCGUCGCCUCGUUUCCGCCCAACCUACCCGCCUUGAAGCCGUCGACGAUCCCCUCGGUCCUUUGGGUCCCCUCGGCGCUCCCGCCGCCGCAGACAAUGGCGCCGAAGCCGGCCAGGAUGCUCCGCCCGUGCCGCCGCAGAAGGAGCAGAUGGUGAUCCGCACCUCGAUGCCGCCCCAGCAGGGCCGCCGCGCCGGACCUUCCGACCCUCAUCACAUCGACGAGGACGAUUACGACCGUCCGUCUGGCCCGAGGCAGCCGCCGCCCGUUCAGGCGGCGCAUCCUAGCCCGGUGCGGACGCAUACUCAGCCUAGCGUCAGCGUCGAGCAGGCUAGCAAGCCGAGCUUCCAGAUCACGGUGGGCGAUCCGCACAAGGUUGGAGACUUGACCAGCUCGCAUAUCGUCUACUCUGUCAGGACCAAGACCUCCUCAAAGGCAUACAAGCAGCCCGAGUUCGAGGUGAAGCGCAGAUACCGUGACUUCCUUUGGCUGUACAAUACGCUGCACGGAAACAACCCCGGUGUUGUUGUGCCGCCGCCGCCGGAUAAGCAGGCUGUCGGUCGCUUCGAGAGUAACUUUGUUGAAGGACGUCGCGCCGCUCUGGAGAAGAUGGUGAACAAGACUGCUGCGCACCCUACCCUACAGCACGAUGCCGACCUGAAGCUGUUCCUCGAGAGCGAAUCAUUCAACGUCGACGUCAAGCACAAGGAGCGGAGGGAGCCGAUUCCCGGAGAAAGCAAGGGUGUCCUCGGCAGUCUGGGCAUUAAUGUCGGUGGCAGCAGCAAGUUUGUCGAGCAAGAUGACUGGUUCCAUGACCGCAAGGUCUACCUCGAUGCGCUCGAGAACCAGCUCAAGGCGUUGCUCAAGGCAAUGGAGACAAUGGUUGGCCAGCGCAAGAUGAUGGCCGAGGCCGCUGGAGACUUUUCGGCGUCUCUGCACGCUCUGUCUACGGUUGAGCUUUCGCCCUCGUUGUCGGGCCCGCUGGAUGCGCUGUCCGAGCUGCAGCUGACAAUCCGCGAUGUCUACGACCGUCAGGCCCAGCAGGAUGUUUUGACCUUUGGCAUCAUUAUCGAGGAGUACAUCCGCCUGAUUGGGUCAGUUAAGCAGGCGUUCAGCCAGCGACAAAAGGCGUUCCACUCGUGGCACUCUGCCGAGUCAGAACUGCAGAAGAAGAAGGCUUCCCAGGACAAGCUCUUGCGGCAAGGCAAGAGCCAGCAGGACAGGCUGAACCAGGUUAGCGCGGAGGUCGGCGACGUGGAGAGAAAGGUGCACCAGGCCAGGCUCCUAUUUGAGGAUAUGGGUCGGUUGAUGAGGGCGGAGCUUGACCGCUUUGAGAGAGAAAAGGUGGAGGACUUCAAGAGCGGCGUUGAGACCUUCUUGGAGAGCGCGGUAGAGGCACAAAAAGAGUUGAUUGAGAAGUGGGAGACGUUCCUCAUGCAGCUGGAUGCCGAGGACGACGAGACGGUCUUUUACCGGCCGCCCGUCAUCCAGCCCUCGGGCAAACCGCCCGGCAACACGGCCAUUGACAGGGCUCGUGCCACCAUCAACGACGACUCUGACUAG